AAGCCACAAAUCGAAUCAUUUCAAGCUCAAAAGUGAAAGUGAUUAUUGCGGUAAACAAUGUUCUCGUUGCUCAAUUUUUUCCUCAUUGUCAAAGUGGUGUCCGUUAUCGUGGCUGCAAAUCUUCCCGAUGGGUACACAUUUAAAUUUGUGCAUAUAAUCAGCAACUACCACAACACUCAUCUGACGGUCAGAAACGACCUAAUGAACGAUGAGCUUCGAAAGGUGAAACUGGCAAAGCUGGGCGAAAGUAGUCGAAAUGUUUGGCGAUUGGUUCCGGAUCCUUCCAAUGCAGCACAAUUCGAAAUCAUCCACCACGAGUCGAACGAGCCCCUUUGUGCGGCACCGAUGGAGUUUGCCCAUGACGCAAAACGGCGAAACGUCGCCACGUGGGUUCCCGGACCGGUCGAUAAGCAGUGCCUCUGGAUGAUAGAGAAACGUCCCGGGAAUGCCGGCUACCGGGUGGUCAACAUGGAACGUGAAGAGCAGCUCUAUGCAGCGAUGCGACCGUACGAGGCGGAUGCCCGGUUGUGGGUACCCAGGGAUGAUGAUAACAAGCAACACCAUUGGGAUAUCAUACCGCUUAACUAUUGUCAGGGGCAUACUGUGGCAAUAAACAUGACGGCGACGGUGGUGUAGUGGGUACUGUCUUUGGGUAGAACGGGGGAAGUUCUCCAAUUUUCUACUUUUCAUGUUCUUUUUAGUUCUAAUUCUACUUUUACCGUAAAUCAGGGUAUAAUUGGUAAGGGAACGUCCAUAAAUUACGUCACGCUUUCAGGGGGAGGGGGGGGGGUUCAGUAUAGUGCGACAACCUAUACACAAAUUUUAGAGGUCUUCUACGAAAAGCGUGACAUAGGGGGGGGUGUUGAAAAUCAGUAAUUUUUGCGUGACGUAAUUUAUGGACGCUCCCAAAGGGGGCUACAAUGUCUGGCACGACGUAGCUGAUGGAAAGUACAAACGAACAUUUGUAACAGAUAAAGACGCUAAUUGUGGCACGAUUGAGGCUGUACUUUUGUUUUUAUUUAUAUUUCCGGGAAAUUUUGAGUUUUUGAAAAAGUUUUUUAAGCUCACAAAUUAUAUAGUUUUAGUGUAAUUCGCUGUGGCGAUGCCAGACUUUCGUUGGUUUGUUUGUGCGUGUGAAGCCGGAGAAUUUUUUAUGUGAUUUGCUGUGGCAAUUCCAGUCAAUAACAGUGAGCUCGUUCCAUAUUUGUUAAAUAUUUAAAAAAAAUCAUGUAUUUACCCAUAAAUAAAUGUUCAAAAAGUUCACUACCUCAA